AGUCCGAGCUCCGCAUUGAGGAAAAGCCUGCUUCAUUAUACAUGUAAACGUAAUCGUAUAUCGUGCAAAAAGCAUACUCCACGACACGCGGAGUCACUCUGCGCGGUAAUCAUUUAUAGUCAUAGAUCAUGGUCUUUGAAGCGCAGUCCGAGACAGCUGCUCGCGCUUCUCUGAUGACUGCUGCGCUCGCUUGCUCGGCCGUGUGACACUUGACGUGACGCAGUGAAAAAGCAACAAACGAACGGCUCAGCUCGCCUCCUCCUUUCCACGGCGCUCGAAAAUUCGAUCCUUUGUCGUUGUCGUGCGUGCGUAGGUAGAGCAUUCUGCUCAAACGUCACUGCCAACCGUGUAGCAGGAAAAAUAAAUAUAGUUUAGCCGUACUUAGUAGUAAGGAGAGUCUAGUUAUUGGAGCUUUGCGUGAUAAUCUUUAGAUAGUGAUCAACACGAGUGCCAAUCGACGGAGCGAAGAGGAUUUGUAUCGUUGGCCGUUUCGUUGUUGCGUGCACACCUCAUAAUAUACGCAACAUUACUGAAGAAGAUGCGCAGUGGUCAUUGCCACCUCUGUUCUCUACUGCACGACAACACCAUUCUGUACCAUCAACGCAACACUUGUUAUAAACAUUAGCCGGUAUCUUUCAAAAUCAUGAACGUCGCCGGCAUAAUUGUCGCCAUGUGGCGCGGUUUCCUCGAUAGCCUGAAGGGUGGUUUGGUCCUUUUUUCUAUGGACAAACAGAUUAAUGAUAGAAUGAAAAAGAUAUCACUCAAGACUGAUGCCAGACGAAGAGAUAGUACUGUUGUUGGACAGAGUCCAGCCAAGUUUUCCAAGAACCAUAGAGAAUCUAAAGUUUUGAAAAGAACAAUUCAAUGUUGUGCUUUGAAUGGAGGACUUUGUUGGGCUAGCAUAAUAGUUUUUGAGUAUAUUGUUUUACCAUCAUUAAAGUACAUAUUAACUACAAUAUUUGGACAAUCACCAGGCAUGGGUAUGCUUAUUUGGUCUUGGACAAAGCCAUUUCUGAGCAUAACAUUUAGUACUAUAUGGGUUCUACCAUUAUUUAUUCUAAGCAAAGUAGUCAACAGUCUAUGGUUCCAGGACAUAGCAGAUAGUGCAUACAGGUAUCGACAAGGGAGACCUGUAUUUUUAUCAAUUAGCAAACUUAUUGCAGAUAUGCUGUUCAGUGUGUUAGUGCAAGCCCUAUUUUUGGGUCAAGGUGUGUUGGUAUCUAAAGUUCCAUUACCACCCAUUGGAGAAGCUCUUGCACUAGUUCACAUGUGCCUUCUUUAUGCUUUGUAUGCUUUUGAAUAUAAGUGGUACAACAUGGGUUGGGAAUUGCACAGACGAUUAACUUUUAUUGAAUGUAACUGGCCAUAUUUUGUUGGAUUUGGUUUACCUUUAGCAAUAUCAACUAAACUUGCUGAUUCAUAUAUUGUGAGUGGAUGCGUUUUUUCCAUUCUAUUUCCUUUGUUUAUUGUAAGCGGGAACGAAGCCGAACCUGUCACAGAUGUUUGUGACUGCCCACUCAAAUUGUUUUCUCCUGUUGUUGCUAUUGCAAAUACCUUAUUUAAUAAAACAAUUGGGCCAGCUAAAAAGCGGUGACAAGAAGACGUUUUGAAUCUUUUACAAAACCCAUUAAGUUAAAACUAUUGAUAAUUUUUGUAUCAAGUAAAUUUUCAAUGACUUUUGAUACUAUAUGGCGUUAUAAUAAUUAUAUAUAAUAUAUAAUGUGAUAAAUUUAUUGGGUAUUUACAGUGUAAUUAAUGUUGAUGAGCAUUAUGAAAUAAAUCUUGUAAAUACGCAAUUAUACAAGUACUGAUAUAGAUGGUUUAACAAAUACACUUAAGUAUGUUAUAGUGUAUAUAUAUGAAACAUAUUUUAUGCCAAUGCAGAUAUAUUUUAUCAAUUUUUAUGAGCUAAACUUCGCUGUUCAGAUAGUAAUUAUUGAAGCUACAAAAAUCAGAGUUGCAAUUGUUUGAGAGAGCUAACUUAUUAAUCAAUUGGGCAUGUGCUUAUCUUUUAAUGUAUUACUUUAAAUACAUAAUAUUGUAAAUGAAAAUUUCAAGAAUGAAUGAUAUUUUAAUUAAAUUUAAAUUGUUUAUUUGCUGCGAUUGUGCAAAAAUUGUAUUGUAUUAUCGCUUUUUUGAUAGUUUAUUUAGUAAGAAGUACUUUAUUUUUGUAAUUAUUAGCUAGUCAUUCAUUUACUUUAAAAUUUUAUCAAUCAAUUGUUUUUUGCUUAAAUAUUGAUGAAAUAUUUUUGAAUAAUUGCUAUAAAAGCAUAGAGAAUAAAAAUGUGUGAACCAAUAUUAUACAUUGAAGUUACUAUAUUUGUAUAUAAUGGGUAUUGCUUAGAAACUAAUAUUAUUAAAUAUUAGAAUUGCUGUUCAAGACUUUUGUUAUUUAUGUUAAUUUUGUUACAUUACUUAAUCAGUCUAUUGAUUUUUGAUCCACUUUAUUAAAUGAUUCUAACAUUUGAUUUAUAUAUUGUAAUGUUUUUAAAAUAAAUUGAAUGGCAAGAUUCAAAAUGAAAUUAUUAUAGAAUUCACUUUAAACAACUGAGACAUGAAGUGAUUGUUCUUGAAGUAUGUGAUACAUCUUAAAUAUUUUGCCUCAUAAAACUCUUUAUUUAAUGAAUUGAUUAAGUUUCAGAAAAAAAAA